AUGAAGUUUACCUCCAUUCUUUUGACCACCUUGGCCUCGUCGCUCGUCGCUGCGUCGCCUCUUCCUAAAGUGAAGACCGCCUUCGUCACUCAAUACACCACCGUCAAGGUGACCCUGGGCUCGGUGACCACUUUGAUCACCCCCACCGCUGCCCCCACCACCACCACCGAGGACGCCGAUGCCGCUAAGGUCACCGGCGACGUCAAUGCCGCUGCCCAGCCCGACGACAAGAAGCACGACGACAACAAGGACGACAAGACCACCACGACUUCGACUCUGGCGUCGCCCUCGUCGACCUCUUCGUCGGAAGAAGGCCUGGGCGAAACCUUCACUGGUGACGGCACCUACUACGACCCCCUGGUGGCCCUCGGCUCGUGUGGCGACCACCACACCGAGGACGACAUGAUUGUCGCCAUCUCCAUUGAACGUCAAAACGAGGUCAAGAACGCCCACAAGCAGCUCAACAACAACAAAAACCCCGUGUGUGGUGCCAAGAUCAAGGUCACCAACCCCGAAAACGGCAACACCGCCAUCGUCACCGUCGUCGACACCUGUGCCAGCUGUAAGCGCGACGACUUGGACUUGACCCCCAAGGCGUACAACCAGCUUACCAACAACGACGUCAGCGCCGGUAGAAUCAAGAUCAACUGGCAAUGGGUCGACAAGGACUUCUAA